GCGAGGUGGGUGGCAUUGGCGACUGUUGGCACACCAAUGCCAAUGGUGCCGAGCUGGUGUUGGCGCACCAUGGCGGUCAAUGGCAGCCUUCCCGAAGGCCUGCAUGACUGCCACGUAGUAUUCAUUCCAGCCGGCCCCAGCUGGAGAACUUUCCAGAGACAGGUUCCAAGCUGGCGGCCACCUGCACCCUUCCAGGUUCUUCUCUGGUUGGCAUGUUCCUGCACACGAGCUGGUCCUAGACUGCUGGAGCUCAAAACAAGAGCAGAAAGUGAAAUCCAAAAUAGUUGUCAACCUGAGGCAGAAACGAAGCUGCCAGUGCACGAGGGGCUCGGCGCUGCGAGGCUGAGCAAAAGAAGGCCGCAUCACUUCCUGGGGAGAGCUGCGUUGCUGUCAGGCACGCGCUGUUCAUUUGCCCAGGGAAGCGCUGCUCGGUCAAUGAGACAGUGACUGGCCAUGGAUAAGACGGAUUCUCAUGGUGGCCGUGGGCCUGAGGACAGCUCUCAAAGUUCCCUCAUGUUGCACAAAGGGCUGCAGGCCCAGGAGAUCCGCCAGCCGCGCAGACCUGCUCUACAUGGCCUCAUCGACCCUAGCCACUUCCGCGACUUCCAACGCAGGCUGAGAGAGGAAGUGGAAGCUUCGCAGCAGCUUAAAGCAGCCACCAACGACUCGCAGGACCCCGGCCCUUCCAGCGACCCGCACCCCGCCGGCGCUCACCAUCCAGCAGCGGAACAGAGAUUCCGCCGGAAGAGGGCGGAGUCGAGCAGGGAGAAUUCUCCGACGCCCGUGGGUACUGGGAUGUGGGCCCCAAGCCCGGACCUAUCAGAGAAAGGCAACUCAGAGGGCAGCCCCCCGAGCCCUACAGAGAAGAUGACAAGCAGCUUCCCUGUCAAGGGGUCGGGCGGCGCCCCUGGCGAAUCCAUGGACGUUGACGGUCGGCCACAGCCAUCGAGCGCACAUCACAGCCAGGCGAGCCUUGAUAGCGACCGGCAGGCGCCGCGCCUCUUUGGCGAGGACGAGUCGCAGAAGGCGGAGUCGGAAGGGGAGGGCGAGGACAUUGAGGGGGCGGAGUUCGAGAGCGCAGACGAGACCUCGGACGAGGAGACCACCCAGGAUCGCGCAAUGAUCGACGACGCCCCUCUGGAAGAGGAGAGGGAGGUGGUGCAGCACGGCCGGUUCAACGCCGCGAUGGAGACAGACUCCGAGACAGAGGGCUUCUCCGAAGUGCUGGCGAGGCUCAAGCGGCGCGCGCCUGAUGUGGCGACCAACCCGCACAAAACCAGCCGUCGCCGCCGCGUGCUCCUCUCACCCUCUGACUCCUCGGGCGAGGAGAAGGACAGUCCGUCCCCGGUUCGCAGCCAGGGCGUGAGCGCCGAGCACCCCCCCGUGCCAGAGGAAGGGUCUGCGCUUGGGACGGAUCGCCCGAUGCUAGACGACCUCCCUUCGGCGCCCGAGGACGACGGCUGGUCCGACGACCUCCCGCCAGAACCCGAGGACGACGGCAGGCCGGACCUGUUCGACCUGAGCCUGGAGGACGACUUUGCGAGAGCGUGCGUGAUCGUCCCGCGUCCGCGCUGGGCCAGCCGCCAGACCGUAGCUGCCGACGGUGCCCCGACCGCCCUUGACGCGGCCGGGCUAAUCUCGCUUGAGCCGCGCACUUCGCCGUCCGGCCCCUCCCCAGCGCCGUGGCUGCCCAGAGCGCGAUAAGGGCAGCCCAGUAGGAGCAGAACACGCUUGCUGCACCCCAGGACUUGGGGGGCACGACCAACUCCGGUUCCGCCCCUGCCCGCUUCGCCACGCCUGCUGCGCCAGAGUCGGACGUGGCUGCGCCCCGCCCCCCUUUGCCCUCCUCGACCGCCCAAGCGCCCUCUGAUUCCGUCCUCAUUCCCCAGGGCGUCGCAGUGCAAGAGACGGUGCCUCCUUGUCAGAGGCCCUGAGCAUCUCCCAAACGCAUGCGCACAUGCUGCUGGACACUCUUGCGUGUGUCUUACCAGAGGACGGCCCGGAUGCGGACCCCCUAGCCAGACGGCCGUUGUUCCACUUGCGACGCUCUCAAUCUCAGAAGCUACAGCUCUCUUCGAGCAUGCUGCCAGUCUUGGUAUGGAAGGAAGCUUCUUAGAAACCGUCGAGAUGCUUCUCUGAGUAGAACUCGUGUAUCGAAAUGGCACAGACAAUUGAGAAUGCUUCGACGAGGAAUACUUUAUCCGGAAUAUUACGGGCGUGCUUACUUGCGCGUGGUGCUGCAGCCUUGAUCCAGGUCGUACUGCACGCUUCGACCGACACCUAUAUACCGCUGCUUAUGCUGGCCCGCUGAAUACUCGGCAAACUUAUGCUUGCAAUUCCCACAUACAGCUUGACUAAACGCU